AUGACAAUUUUAUCAAAAACUGAUAUAGAAAAUUUAAUAAAAACUCGUGCUCCAUCGAUAUCUUACGCAAAAUCAAAAAGGUCAACCAGUGAACAUUGCACAAAUUUUUCACAAGUAUUCGUUAAUUGUAUUGCUCAAAACUUUAUUUGUUGUUCAAAUUGUGAUCAAUUACUUGCGUGGAAAAGUGGAGAUGGAUCAACUAAUUUAAAAAAAAUUAUCAAAGCUGCUGCUGAAUUUUGUGCUACUGAUAAUCCUCCGUUUGAAAUUGUGCAAGUAUUAUUAGUCGAUAGAACAUUAUCUUAUAGUGCUCUCCGAACAAUUUACACCACUUAUAUACAUCAAUUGGAAACUUAUUGCAUCUAUUUUCCAUUACACGGGCAUCUUCAAGAUGCUCAUUGUUGUGCGCUAAAAAUAUUUCAACAUGGAAAGAAAAUAGUCGAAGCUAAUAGACCGAUUAAUUCAAUUUUUGUUUUGUUAAAUGGACAUGGGAAAAUUUAUCCAACACAAAAUUAUGGGCAGAAUUAUGUGCCAACCCAAGACGAUGAUGCCUGA